AUGUUAUCUUUGAAAAAAGGAGUAGCAAAGUCAUGCAUCUUGCAAAGAGCCUUUACUUCUUCUUCUGCUGUUCGCCAAGUUCGGGAAACUAAAUCUGAAUUGGAUCCAAGGGCUAAAUAUCAUAUUAUCGAUCAUGAAUAUGAUUGUGUGGUAGUGGGCGCUGGCGGCGCAGGUUUAAGAGCAGCUUUCGGUUUGGCUGAAGCGGGAUACAAGACUGCUUGUUUAUCCAAGUUGUUUCCGACAAGAUCACAUACAGUGGCUGCUCAAGGUGGAAUCAACGCAGCCUUAGGGAAUAUGCAUCCAGAUGAUUGGAAAUCGCACAUGUACGACACUGUCAAGGGUUCUGAUUGGCUGGGAGAUCAAGAUGCCAUCCAUUAUAUGACACGCGAAGCACCCAAAUCUGUCAUUGAGCUAGAGCAUUAUGGUAUGCCAUUUUCGAGAACUGAAGACGGAAAAAUUUACCAGAGAGCAUUUGGAGGACAAUCGAAAGAUUUUGGCAAAGGUGGCCAGGCCUAUAGGACUUGUGCAGUGGCAGAUAGGACAGGUCACGCAAUGCUUCAUACACUGUAUGGUCAGGCACUAAAAAAUAAUACUCACUUCUUUAUUGAAUACUUUGCAAUGGAUCUAUUGACCCAUAAUGGUGAGGUCGUGGGUGUCAUUGCCUAUAAUCAGGAGGACGGUACAAUCCACAGAUUCAGAGCACACAAGACCAUCAUCGCCACAGGUGGAUAUGGUAGAGCUUACUUCUCUUGCACUUCUGCUCACACUUGUACAGGCGAUGGUAACGCUAUGGUUUCUCGUGCUGGGUUUCCACUAGAGGAUUUAGAAUUUGUUCAAUUUCAUCCGUCAGGAAUUUAUGGGUCUGGCUGCCUAAUCACUGAAGGUGCCCGUGGUGAAGGUGGAUUUUUAUUAAAUUCUGAGGGAGAAAGGUUUAUGGAACGCUAUGCUCCUACUGCCAAGGACUUGGCAAGCAGGGAUGUGGUAUCCAGAGCAAUCACCAUGGAAAUCAGGGCUGGCAGAGGUGUUGGAAAACAUAAGGAUCAUAUUCUAUUACAAUUAAGUCAUCUACCACCGGAGGUGUUAAAGGAAAGAUUACCGGGCAUUUCUGAAACGGCUGCUGUCUUCGCGGGUGUGGAUGUCACCCAAGAGCCAAUUCCUGUCUUGCCAACUGUUCAUUACAAUAUGGGUGGCAUUCCUACUAAAUGGACUGGUGAGGCAUUGACCAUUGACGAGGAAACUGGCGAGGACAGGGUCAUCCCAGGAUUGAUGGCUUGUGGUGAAGCGGCUUGUGUAUCUGUUCACGGAGCGAAUAGAUUAGGCGCUAACUCGCUACUGGAUUUAGUAGUUUUCGGCCGCGCCGUUGCAAAUACCAUUGCUGACACAUUACAGCCUGGUUUGCCCCAUAAGCCAUUGGCUUCAAACAUUGGGCACGAGUCAAUUGCUAAUUUGGAUAAAGUGAGAAACGCCUGCGGCUCAAAAAAAACCUCCCAAAUCAGGUUGAACAUGCAAAGGACAAUGCAAAAGGAUGUUUCUGUUUUUAGAACGCAAGAAACUCUAGACGAAGGUGUCAGAAACAUUACUGAAGUUGACAAGACGUUUGAGGAUGUACACGUUUCUGAUAAGUCAAUGAUUUGGAAUUCUGAUCUCGUAGAAACCCUGGAAUUGCAAAAUCUACUUACCUGUGCCACGCAAACGGCCGUUUCUGCUGCCAAGCGAAAGGAAUCUCGUGGUGCUCAUGCGAGGGAGGACUAUCCAAAGAGAGAUGAUGUGAACUGGAGGAAACACACGUUAUCUUGGCAAAAGGGGACAUCGACACCUGUAAAAAUCAAGUACAGGAAUGUGAUCGCACAUACGUUGGAUGAAAAUGAAUGCGCCCCAGUUCCCCCGGCCGUCAGAUCAUAUUAA